AUGGGCAGCCGGCUCCCGGACCUGUCGCUGAUCGCAGCCCCGAUGGUGAACCAGAGCGACCUCCCCUUCCGCAUCCUCACCCGCGCACACGGCGCCACCCUCGCCUACACCCAGAUGCUCCUCCCCGACCGCCUCCUCGCAGACCAGCCCUACCGCGAGUCCCACCAGCGCGGCCUCGGCGCACCCCACGACCGCCCCGUCGUCGUCCAGCUCGCCGGCAACGACCCCGACACCCUCGUCCGCGCCGCCCGCACCCUCCUCGGCUACUGCGACGCCGUCGAUCUCAAUCUCGGCUGCCCACAAGACGCCGCACGCGAGGGGCACUACGGCGCCUACCUCCUCCCCCAACACGACUGGCCCCUCGCACAAAACAUCGUCUCCGCCCUCGCGCACGCCCUCCCCGUCCCCGUCUCCACCAAGCUCCGCCUCUGCCACCCCGCCCCGCACACCCUCGCCCUCGCCCACCGCCUCGAGGCAGCCGGCGCAGCCUGGCUCACCCUCCACGCGCGCUACCCCUCCGCCCGCCGCCGCCGCCACGCCGCCGCCGACCUCGAUCAGGUCCGCGCGCUCAAGUUCGGGCCCGAGCGCGCCGGCGCCGGCGACGGCGGCGGCGGCGGCGUGCGCAUCCCCGUCGUGAGCAACGGCAACGUGCGCACCUGGGCGGACGUCGUCGCCAACAAGGCACAAACAGGCGCAGACGGGAUCAUGGUCGGCGAGGCGCUCCUCGCGAACCCAUGGUAAGCACCACCCGACCUCGCACGCACGCACGCACGCACGCACGCGGCCGAACAGCCUCUUCGCGAACCGCACCCCAGACCCGGUCCGCAUCUCGCUCGACUACCUCGCCCUGUGCGCCGCGCACCCCGCCACCGCGCCGCUCCCCGCCGUCCGCGCGCACGUCCGCCACUUCCUCGCCCCCGCCUGGUGAGUCGCCCGCCUGCCCGUCCGCCCGCCCGCCCUUCCUUCCGUUCUCGCUCAUUCGACGCUGUUGUGUGUGCGCGCGCGCGCACACACAGCGAGCGCCGCCCGUGGUUCGCGCAGUUCCGCGCCGCGCUUGGCCGGUGCGCGUCCCUCGGGGACAUCGAGCGCCUCCUGC